ACGAGGUCGGUGGACCGUGAUGCUGCUUUCCUUUGCCUGACAGGCUCCUUUUCUUGCUCGCGGACACACGGGGAGUGGAGGCGUGGGCAUGGUAGGGCUUGGUGGGUUUGCUUUUCUUUGUUGUGUGGAGGAACGUACAAAUAAGAGGAGCGAUCCUGCCUUCGCUUUCUCCAUCACCAGUGAUUCACCAACAUCCACACUGCAUCCACAUCUCCGGGACAACAAUCCCGAUUACAAAGUAUAAGACCUUUUCACGAGUCACCGAAACAAAAUCCUGCAACUCCUCGUCCUCCUUCUCCUCAUCAUCCGCAAUCCAACACAAACCAAACAAACACAAAACAGACAAACAAACAAACAUACCGCCAAGAUGAAGACACCAUCCACCCUCUUCUUCGCCCUCGUUGCCCUCCUCCCCUGCGCUCUCAGCUACCCCUAUCACCGCCGAGAGCUUGCCUUCCCCGUCUACCACGUAACCAAGUACACCACUGGUUGCUCUCCGGCCGGCUGCGCCUACAGCUUCAACAUCUACUACACGCCGGGCCCGUGCACAACGCCUCCGGGCUCCAACACGACGGAGAUCUGCGAGCCGGGCUUCAACACGACGUGCACCGGCACGGACAUCCAGGGCGGCUGGCGCGCCUGCGCCGACGCCGUGAUCCAGAGCAACGAGAUCCCGGGCUCCAACAACUCGACGCUGAUGGUCCGCCACCAGUGGGACCAGGACGUCACGACGGGCACGGGCGGCGUGGACGGCACCUUCGCCUCGCUGGCGAACUACACCGUCGUCGUGGGUCUGCACCAACAGAGGAUCCCAACCAUUCUCACGCCUCAUGGAUGA